CACGUAAAAGGCGAGUGGUGCUCCUGACGAGCCAGGAGUGUGCGGGAGAGAGAGAGAGAGAGUGUGUGUGUGUGUGAGAGGGAACCUCUCUGACUCUCGCACCAGGGGAGUGAGUGCCACCGCUGGGCGCCGCAGCCAGAACCGACAGACAAUUGCAUUGCCAUAUCCACCCCCACCAACCCACAUCCAGAGCAAAGAGGCACUGACAGAUGGAGAGUGGCAAGCAUGGAAUUGACGGGAUUUCCCCAAAGCCUGUUACUGAGAUAUUUAAGGCAGCCGAUCUGCAGAUUGAAAUGGCCCAGACGUCAGCCAAGAAGCCAGACCCGAACCAGCUUGUGUUCGGGACUUCGUUCAGCGACCACAUGUUGAUGAUUCAGUGGACGGCCGCAAGAGGCUGGGAGAGGCCACAGAUUAAACCACUGCAGAACCUCUCACUGCACCCUGCAGUGUCAGCUCUACACUACUCAGUGGAGUUGUUUGAAGGGCUGAAAGCCUACCGCGGAGUGGAUAAUAAGAUUCGCCUGUUCCGACCCAUGUUGAAUAUGCAGAGGAUGCUGCAGUCGGCCAUUCGAUCCUGUUUACCUGUCUUUGAUCCCAAAGAGCUCUUGGAGUGCAUCAGGAAGCUGGUGGAGAUAGACAGGGAGUGGGUUCCAUAUUCAAAUGCUGCCAGUCUCUACAUUCGACCAGUCUUCAUCGGAACAGAGCCUUCUCUUGGAUUGAAGAUAACGACAAAAGCGUUGCUGUAUGUGAUCCUCAGUCCAGUCGGACCUUAUUUCACAAAGGGGACCUUGGAUUCUGUGUCCCUUUGGGCAGAUCCGAAAUAUGUCCGGGCAUGGAAAGGAGGAACGGGAGACUGCAAGGUCGGAGGAAAUUAUGGUGCCUCACUUUAUGCACAAUCUGAAGCGUUGGCUGCCGGGUGUCAACAGGUUUUGUGGCUCUAUGGAGACGAACACAAUAUAACGGAAGCAGGGACCAUGAACCUGUUUCUUUACUGGAUAAAUGAGAAUGGAGAGGAAGAGUUGGUAACACCUCCACUAGAUGGCGUGAUAUUACCUGGAGUAGUGAGACAAAGCAUUUUGGAUCUUACACGCAAGUGGAAUCAGUUCAAGGUUGAGGAGCGCUCUGUCACAAUGAAGGAACUCGUCAAUGCAUCAAAGCAAAACCGGAUCAAGGAGAUGUUUGGUUCAGGAACUGCUUGUGUCCUGUGUCCAGUAUCACAGAUCCUGUAUCAGGGCAAGAACCUGCAUAUUCCAACAAUGGAAAAUGGGCUAAAGUUAACAUCUCAACUCUUUGAGAACCUUGCUGACAUACAGUACGGAAAGAUGAAGAGUGACUGGACAUUGCUGGUGGUCUAAAUGUCAGAGUGUAAUUGAAAGCAGAUUGGGUGAAGAGCUGAGCGGCAGGUGGGCUAAAUGUCAGAACAGCACAAGCUGCAGUCCGUUGGCUGUGAACAUCUGAUGAAGGUUCCUGAUUGUUGUUCACACCAAAGUAAAGCACAAAACAUUUUGUAAUACAGACAGGAAUUAUAAUUGUGUGUAUUGUAGCACUCUCUGUUCACUAGAGGACCAAAGUCAAACCAGCAAUCGAGUGUCAGGCACUGCAGUGUUUUCUCACGUUCUAAUUGAACUUUGUUUGAUAGGCUUCAGUGCAGGUCCUGUUCACUGGUCUCUCUCGGGUUUUGCAGCAACCCCUGUGUGAUGCUGACUCGCAGUGUUACAGACAUUUUGUCAGCCGUGACAUAUGACUAGAUCACCCUCUGGCCAGGAUGUCAGGGCCUGUUGAUUCAGUGUGUUUCACAUGCGGUCAGCAACCGAGCAAGAAAGGAAUUUGUACAUGAGCCCUCAUUGAUGAGCUGCUGUUAGGCUAGUGAACCGUACAAAAUGGGAGCUAAUUUUCCCAACCAAACUAAAAUAGAUUAAUGUCUGGAAUUGGGGUCAACAUCACAUUAUAUUUUAUGCUCAUGGAAUCCUAAAUGCCUUUGAAUCAUAUUGUAUCAGUAAUAGUGACACACAAGCAGUGAUCCGAAACUAGAAUUGUAACUGGGUAGUUGUAAGGGUUGAAAAUGCCAAAUAAAGAUUCCUGUGAGUGAAUUGCAAAGCAGUAAACCAGCCUCAGAGCUCAGACAAUAAGCCUUUAAUAUAUCCCUGACACCUUUUUAUCUACUAAAUCGUGGUAUAAUAUAUACUGUCCCGUGGAGUUUUGAAAGGUAACAUAUAAAUUAAUUCUUCUACAUUUGUUCUUAAGGUUAGGUAACACCAGGGUCUGUACUUAUUCCUGGUGCUUUGUUCCCCUGGAAAUAAAAUGCAAUUUGAAAGGUCCACUACAUUGUGUGAGAUUGGAGUUGCAAAUGGCUUCAAUCAGGUCAGGACGCAACUCGAGUAGAUUUUAAUUUGGGAGGUUUAUUAAGGAAUAUGAAACUAAGGCAGUCAAACAGAGCUGUGAUACAAAUCUAACUCAUAACAUAAUCUAACUGAUUGAUAGAAUAGGCUCAAAGGAUCGAAUGGUCUCCUCUUUAUGUUCUUCAAUGACAAUGAGCCCCAUCCUUAGUUGGUGCCUAUCCCUAAUUGCCCCUGGGAAGGUGCUAGUGACUGGUGUUAGUGAGCUGAUGCAGUCACAUGUAGGCCAGAGGAGGUAAGGUGCAGAAUUCCUUUCCCAAAGGACACUAGUGAACCAGAUGGGGUUUUAUUUAAUGACAAACAAGAACAGUGACCACAAUUGACCGUAGCUUUCAAUUCCGAUUUACUAAUCAGUUAAAUUUGUAUCCCGCCAGCUGCCAUAGUGGGAUAUGAUUUGGAGAUGCUGGUUUUGGACUGGGGUGUACAAAGUUAAAAAUCACACAACACCAGGUUAUAACCCAGUGCUCCGAAAGCUAGUGUGCUUUCAAUUAAACCUGUUGGACUAUAACCCGGUGUUGUGUGAUUUUUAACUUAAUAGUGGGAUAUGAACCGUGUUCCCAGAGCUUGGGCUUCAGGAUUACUAUCCUAGUGACAUUACCAUUUUAGUACCCAAAGAGGUUGCGGGAGUCACUUGCACUCAGUUUGCCUCAGUGAUGUUAUUUCUUGGCAUUAGCCUAGGGAUUUUAUUGAAAUGAAUUUUGUCUGUGCUGCUGUGGUAUUGCCACACAUGGUCUCAGGAUUGCUUGCCUGUUAUUGUAACUGUUACACUUGGUUUAUCCAUAUGAUGUAAAUGGAACUGUAACCUUUCAUACCUUCAGUUUAACUGGUUUGGGUGAUGGUGCUGUUCUCUCUCUGCUCUGAUGAAGAUUACAAGAUUAAAAUAUUAACAAAGUACAGUGUCAUCAGGGAGCUUGAACUUUACCUCAGAGAACACAGGGUUAUUUACAAUGUUCUGUACAUAUAUAUUUAUCUGAUUGUGUGUGUGUAUUAUAUAUGCAUAUAUAGGUAGAAUUGCAAGGCUAUGUCAAAACAUUGGUCAUACAGGAUGAAGGGUUCCCAGCAUUGGAGGUACGGCAGGAAUGCUGCACUGUCAGAGGUUCUCUCUUUCAGAGCAAGAUUCCAAGCUGAAACUCCAUCUUCCCCCAGUGCCAAAGGUAAAAGACCUCAAGCUGUUAUUUCAAAGAGUACAGAGGUGACCUGGCCAACAGGAUACCCGCUUUAACCAACGUCACUAAAACAGAUGGUGCGGCCAUUUCUCUCACUGUGGGAUCUUGCUGUGCACACACUGACUGCUUGCUUCUCGCAUUUCACAUGUGACUGCACUUCAUUGACUGUGAGGCAGGUUGGGUGUCAGGUCAAUGCAGGCUCUGCCCCCUGACUCUCACUACUAUCUGGGACUGAAAUGACACGACGAUCAUGAAGGUAACAUGAAGAAUAUCUCAAAGGCGCCACUGUAUACAAAAUAAACAGGCCACACAUAACAAAGAAGGGGGAUUGUCAUCUGGGACUGCACUUAUAUCUAACUAAUCAUUGUCCAGGCAUUGUGCCCUUGCAGUUUCUGCCUUCUAAUUAUGCAACCAAAAUAUUUCACACUGUAAUGGUGUAAUAUUCAUGUGCAGGUUGUACUAUUGAUUAUAUAUAUGAUGGCAGAAGAUAGGUGCUCAAUAAAAUGUU